AUGUCUCACAUCGGAAAUGGCUCCCCGACGGCGGCUGUUCUUGGCAGCCUCUCCCCGGAGGAGGCUGACAUGCUGCGCGACGCCUUCAUCUACAUGGACCGCGACAACGACGGACACGUUGACAAGGGGGAGCUCCUCGCAAUGGUGCGCCGAUGCGUAGGCGAAGAACGCUUCGGCCCACUGGAGGAGUAUCUCGUCCCACUUUUUGAUGUGGCGGACAAGGACAAGGACCAAAAACUGAGUCUCACGGAAUUCCUCAUGUCCUUUGCGGAUGGGCCGGGCGUGGUUCCGGCAGAGGUGAUCAACAGCUGUGUGUCGUCCAUCCGUGUUCGUCUCAGUGACGAAGAAAUCGAGACGCUGCAAGAAACUUUCCGCCGCAUUGACACAAAGGCAGAUGGGUAUAUUGAUAAGGAUGAACUCAUUGUGGCUCUUAAGGACAACCUCAAGCACAGAUUCCCUGACCUGCGAGAUAACAACUACAGUGACAUCAUAGCUGUCAUCAUGGCCAGCGCCGACGCCGAUCGUGACGGACGGUUGUGCCUGUCGGAAUUCAUCCGGUCCUUCCAAGAGGACCAGGGUGUGCUUCCAGCAGCCUUUGUUGAUGCACAUGCUCAUCAACUCGUGCAGCAACUUACACCUGCUGAGAUCGAAGUUCUUAAGGAGGCCUUUGCCGUCUUGGAUAGGAAUCAUGAUGGAUAUGUAGAGUCCACUGAUAUAUAUGAUGCACUCUGGGAAACCCUUUCGAGCGAGACACAGGAUAAAAGCCAGAUCCGUGAGAUUUGUGACCUUAUCAUGGUUACCGCCGACCGAAAUAACUCUGGGCUUUUAACCCUUGCAGAUUUCGUGCGUGGCUUUGUGCAGAACAUUACUCUGGCACAGUUGCCUGUCGCCGCCGCAGAGGAAAAGAUGCAGAGAGCCUGUGAGAAGCUACAAGAGAUGCUUGAAAGUGGCGAGCUGGAGCGGCUCUCGGUGCUGCCAGAGGAUAAAGAUGAAAACGCCAGCUGUGUGGACCCCAAUCAACUUCUCGGAGUUCUCAGUGAGGUGUUUCGUGAUGUAUUCCCCAUGUUGGACGAAGAGACACUCGCUGCCGUGAUGGGCGCCAUCGUCGUGGCGUCGGACAACGAAGGCAACAAGAAAAUUUCUGUGGAAGAUUUUAUCCGCUGUUUCGCGGAGGGGCCACGAAUCCUCUCCUUCGAUUCAACCACGCCGCUGGAGUCAUCCACUGUGACAGAUGAAGAACUACAGACCAUCUCGCAAGUGCUUCAGGAGCUCGGCAAAGAGGCUGAUAGUGGGGGGUGCGUUCAGGAGCCGGAUCUUUUGGAGGCCAUCCGGAAUGCGUUUCGGUCUGACCCAAAACAGGCGGAUCGCGUUCUUCAAUACGUCCGCGAGAACAUCGUCCGGCGGAACUCCAGCAGCUCUCUCGUGGUAGAAGCAUCUGCGCGAUCAGUACCAUGCGAGGAGGAGCGAAGCGCGGCGUCCAAUGUGUUGGCCGCUGCAGACUUGAAUGGGGAAAGCGCUGAGCUGAAUUCACAGCCGGAUCCAAAACAAAAACAACCAGAACAGAAACAGGAACCAGAGCAGAAGCAGGUGCAGGAUCAGAAACCGGAGCAGAAGCAGGAGCAGGAUCAGAAGCCAGAGCACGAACAGAAGCAGCAGCAGAAGCAGCAGCAGGAGCAAAAAACAGACCGAGAGAAUGAUCAACGCAAAAUAACUCAAGAUAACCAAGUCGCUCUGCGGGAAACAACUGGUGUUGGCGCAACCCAGCCAAAGCAGUGCGUUCCAACUCUCCUCGCCGUCCGCACUCCUCCGAAGUCCGUAGCGGUGCGUGCAUUUGGCACGAGCUCGACGGUUUCAGAUAUGCUGAUGAAGCAGCACGCCCGUCUCUACUUGGGUUCUGUCUACGACACUGCCGAUGGCGCUAUCUUUGAUGAUGAGCUUCGUAUGGAGUUUAAAAAAUAUGCCAACGAAAACCAGCAGUAUAUUGACCGAGACCGCUUCGUCAAAGCGUAUCUUGCGAUGGAACACUAUGGCUUGACGCCGUCUGAGACAGAUGUGAAUCGGCUUAUCUCCCGCUACAGCAGGGGAAACAAGAUUACAUACGACGAGUUCUGCAUCAUCAUGCUGCAGCGUGCUCGCAUGUAG